GAUAUCAUUAGCCAAAGGAAAAGCUCGGCAUUCCCACCCAGCCCAGGCGUUGAAAUAGUAUCAGAGGGCAAGAGCCUUUCUCUCCAGCUACAGGCCUCCUCUCCCAGGAGCAAGGGGAAACUCCCCACAGUGGGGCAACACAGCCAGUGUCCUGCCAGAGCCUUGGAGGAGGGGCUUCUCCCUCUGCCCUGUGAUCCCACAGGGAAAGAGCCGGCUGAGUUCCAGCCACCGAGCACAGAGCUCAGGAGCGCAGAGCCAGCGUGCAUCCCGCGCUGCUGCUGCUGCUGCUUCUCCUGCUGCUGCUGCUGACAGUGCUACCCAGCCGGCGCAGUUGCCACAGCCACAUGAAGCCUGCUGGGGAGGGCGGGCCAGGGUGCAGCAAGCCGUCUGGAACUGAGACUGACACCAUCUCAGGGAGGCACUGACUCCCAGGGGGACCCCCUUCCUCGUACCAGGGUGGAAAAUCUUCUCCAGGGGUCCCUGGUCAUCCUGAAUAUCCCAGGAUGGUGUUCCUGACGUUCCUCUGGAUGGGUUUCUUCUGUCACCUGUGUCAGGGCUACUUCGAUGGCCCUCUCUACCCGGAGAUGUCCAACGGGACUCUGCACCACUACUUCGUGCCCGAUGGGGACUAUGAGGAGAACGAUGACCCCGAGAAGUGCCAGCUGCUCUUCAGGGUGAGUGACCGCCGGCGCUGCUCCCAGGGGGAGGGGAGCCAGGCCAGCAGUCUGCUGAGCCUUUCCCUGCGGGAAGAGUUCACUGUGCUGGGCCGCCAGGUGGAGGACGCUGGGCGCGUCCUGGAAGGCAUCAGUAAGAGCAUCUCCUACGACCUGGACGGGGAAGAAAGCUACGGCAAGUACCUGCGCCGGGAGUCUCACCAGAUCGGGGACGCCUACUCCAACUCGGACAAGUCCCUCACGGAGCUGGAAAGCAAGUUCAAGCAGGGCCAGGAACAGGACAGCCGGCAGGACAGCAGGCUCAACGAGGACUUCUUGGGCAUGCUGGUCCACACCAAGUCCCUGCUGAAGGAAACGCUCGAUAUUUCUGUGGGGCUCAGGGACAGGUACGAGCUGCUGGCCCUCACCAUCAGGAGCCACGGGACCCGGCUAGGUCGGCUGAAAAACGAUUAUCUGAAAGUGUAGGUGGAGAGGCACGCUGCCAGGAGAGGGCAUCACAUCCCCUGCAUGGAGGAUGGGGGACGGAAGAUCGGGCUAAUAUUUCCCGGAUGCUUAUUAUUUUUUACAUCCAGAUUUGCACUUGGAGAAUGAUCUGAAGUCAUCUUUAACAGGAAAGAGGUGAUAGUUGAGUGGUAUUGUUUCUGUACCUUAUUUAUGUGAUUGCUAUUGAUUUGUCACCUAGAAAAAACAAUGUAAAGCCAUGCCUCCCGCCUUUCCUUGAGGCUUGAUAACUCUGCCGACACCUGUUUCAGCCACAUCUUAAAGGACACAGUUUUCGCAGUGUUAAACUUCCCAUGCUGGAGAUUUUGUGGAAAUACCCAGCGAGCAGAGGGCAGAACUUUCUAUCCUCAGCCUUAUCUCCUGAACUCUGAAAGCUGUCAGCGUUGCCUGUUUUUCAGAUGGGGGCCGAGGUGCGCCCUGCCUGCCUACCGGCAGAUGGAAGUUACCUAUUUUUACCUAUUUCUUCUUCACCUUUUCUCUUAUUUAUUACCAUGGUCUCCAAGGUUUUGGUUUUAGGGUGUUUUGGUAUUUUGGGGGUUGUUUUUUUGUUUUGUUUUGUUUUGUUUUAGUAUUGGCUAGAAAUUAUAUGCAAAUCUUCCUCUGCAGGUUGCUGUCUGAAGUGCUUCUGUGGGUGUGUGUGAGUUAAAGUGACCACAUUUAGGAAGUCUAAGCUUUGUGGUGGCUGCGCACCCAUGCUAUGUCUCUCAUUGUAUGUCCGUGUCAUCAGUGCUACGGCCCACUACAAAGAGGUCAAUUGAUUGUUUGCACACCCCCCCAAAUGUUUAUGAUUUAGGUUACUAAUGUAUUCUUUCUCAUUUGGGGGUUUUGCUUUUCUGUUUGCUUAUUGGAAACUUGUACUUCAAGUAGGAGGAAUUCUAAUUCUCAUAACUCCUUAGCUAAGUUUUAUUAUUCAGCCAAUAAAUAUGUUCUCAUAUAA